GAAAAAUAAUAUAAAAAAAAGACAGUCGCCAUGGUAACGGGGUACCGCAGCGGCUCGCGUCGCCAUGGCAACGGAGAAGGCCUUCCGGCGGCGACCGGAAGUAGGGCGGCACGCGGCAGCAUGGCGGCGGGGUGCGGCCGCCCUCUGGCUGGUGGUGUUCUCACGUUGCUGCUGUCGCUUGGCGCCUCCGGGCCCAGCCUGCUGCGGGGUUCCCUUGCCGCCCACCCCGGUGCCUUGCGGCCCGCCGCCCUGCGAGCCGGGGAAGUUCACAGGCUGGUUACCUACAUCUUUGUCUAUGAAGACCUGAUAUCCUUGACCUGUGGUGCCAUUGUCAUCUGGUAUUUUGCUGGCAGCUUUGAGAGGAACGUUGGCACUGUGAAGCACUGCUUCCUCACCAUUGUGUUUGCCAUCCUGACCGGCCUCCUGUACCUCUUACUUGAAAGUGUUGUCUCAAGGGUGUCAGAAGUGGAAGAUGCCAAAGGAUUCAUGCCUUUAGCUUUUGCUACAUUGAGUGUAUCCACCACCCGCUCGCGAAUGAAGCGGGCUCUCUUCUUUGGAUUUAGAGUUCCAGUGUUGCUGGUGCCGUGGUUUCUGCUCUUUGUGGUGUGGUUUAUCCCCCACUCUUCUCUCCUGAGCAACCUGUGUGGGCUCCUAGUUGGGAAAGCCUAUGGUCUUGGUUACUGUUUCUGCUUGGAUCUUCCGGAGUCGGUGGCCUCUAAGCUGGAUCAGAGGUUCCCUUUCAGUGUGCUAAAGAGAAUACCAGGGCUAAAAUACAUCCCAGGGUCCUCAGCUGAGAGAAGAGCCACUGAGAGCAGCAAGAUUACCCCGCUGCCUGGCACAUAUCCCACUCAAAGCUACUACUGCUCUUCACCUUCGGCUCUUCCAGCCUCCCAGAUGCAGCACCCCGGUGUUCAGAGCCAGGGCUUUCAGGACAGCUGCACGCCAGGAUUUGGCCAUGCUUUGGGACACGUGGGACCUCAGCACAGCUAUGCAAGAUGCAGCCUUGUUUCUUCCCCCUACCAAGCCAGAGGUGCCUCUGCAGAGGGCUACAUUCAGUCCCACACUGGAUCCUCACCUGGACAGUGCUGCCAGACAAGCAAGUUCUCUGUGCCACAGCGCGUGUGUCUGACUGGUCCACAGUCACCUGUUGGCCUGGACCUCCUGGCUGGGGUUCAGCAAGCAUCAGGGGAUCCAGCAGUCUCAGCAGCUCCUGUUCCAGCUGAAUUUUCAAAAGUUCAGGUGUACUGAUCCUCCAGAAAGCAGCAGGACUUGCAGCAGCAGGGAAGACGAUGUGAUGUUCACGGAGCAGCAAUUGCUGGCACUGUUGCUGUCUCUGAGUGUCUGAAGAAGCCAUGUGUUGCUGUACAGCCACUUCUCCAGCAGCUCUUCUGGGAAAACUGCCACAGUUGCAGAACCAUCAAAAGGAUGGCAUGGUUUCCAGUGAGUAGUUUCAUGGCAUGCAUUAAGUGGUAAGAAGUAAAUGUUGGCUUCCGAGAGUCACUGCUUUGUCACUGCAAGCAGCAAGAACAGCCCUGACUGAUAGGUGAGGGGAGAAGGCAGAGGGUCUCCUUACAGGAAUGAAGGUGGGCUCCUGCCCAUGCAGGAGGCAGCAGGGAUCAGCCCUUAACCCCUCUGUGCUGGGUUCAGGUGCCCACUGCAGCUCUGUGGGAGGGACAUCCUAGAAGAAUGGGGGCAAAACCACAAUUUGAGGUUUUUUUCCUUCUUGCUCCAGCUCUGCUGUCAGCUUCCUGAAGAUCUUGGCAUGUCACUUGGUCUCUGAUCACUGCAACUACCUCUGUGACCCUGGGGCUGCUCUGAGUCCAACUGUGCAACUGCCCUGUGCCCACAUGGCACUUGAAAUGUUCAGUGGCCUUCAGACAGACAUUUUGAACGACACGGAUGAUUUCUAACAGUCUGUUCCCUGCCUUUCCUGAGGGCAGUUGUGACAGUUAAACAUUGUUGUAUAAAUCAGAGGAGGACCUGCUGCUUUUCCAGCAGUGGAGUUCAACCCAGUCCCAGUUCCUUAGGGCUGGCAGUGGGUUCAAAGGGGAAUGGAGAGAGAGGGACAGGAUGGGAUGUGUAAUUGUGGCUGAAGGCUGAAAGAAGGAAUUGAAACUCGGGAGAGGGAGGCAGAAAUCAUCUGUUCAUCCGGCCUCGGCAUGUGUCUGAGCUCACAGCAAUGCUAUGGAUCACAAAUUGCAGUACCAGCUCCCUUCCUUGGAGGGGAGAUAAAGAAUUGAAGUUAUUCUUAAAAAAGAAAGGGGGGAAAAAAUAGUGACAAAAAAAAUCAAUACAACUCCAGGCUGUCCUAGAGAACAUACUGUCUCCAAAGGUUUGUUCUUCUGUACCUCCAGUGCAUUCCCAGUACAGCUGGCACUUCUUCAAAGAUCAGGAUUGAUUCUCUCCUGGAAGCAGGGCACAAAGUGACUCUGGGCUGAAAGGGCACAAGCCAGCUAAGCUGGUGAUAUCACUGUCACCAUGCUAAUGGGUCAAUAUUCCUCUUAUUUCUGUGCU